ACAUGUUCGGUAGGCCACGCCCCACGUCCUGUCCCGACCCGCCCCAGAGACUCCGAGCUGCGGCGAAGACCCCGAGCUGCGGCGCGCAGUGGCCCCAGCCUUGGGAUGCCCUCCUCAGUGAAGGCUCUGGGUCAGCCCAGGUCCUCUAGCCCCGGCAUGGUUCCCAACACCUGCUGCUGCACCUCUGCGGCCGUGCGGAGGAGGCUGCCGGUCCUGGCUUGGCUGCCCAACUACUCCCUGCAGUGGCUGAAGAUGGACUUCAUCGCUGGGCUCUCGGUUGGGCUCACGGUCAUUCCCCAGGCACUGGCCUAUGCUGAAGUGGCUGGACUCCCGCCCCAGUAUGGCCUAUACUCUGCCUUCAUGGGCUGCUUUGUGUAUCUCUUCUUGGGCACCUCCCGGGAUGUGACCCUGGGCCCCACGGCCAUCAUGUCCCUCCUGGUCUCCUUCUACACCUUCCACGAACCUGCCUAUGCUGUGCUGCUGGCCUUCCUGUCCGGCUGUAUCCAGCUGGCCAUGGGGUUCCUGCAUUUGGGGUUCCUGCUGGACUUCAUCUCCUGCCCUGUCAUUAAAGGCUUCACCUCUGCUGCUGCGGUCACCAUUGGCUUUGGACAGAUCAAGAACCUCCUGGGGCUGCAGAACAUUCCCAGGCAGUUUUUCCUGCAGGUGUAUCACACCUUCCGCAGCAUCGGUGAGACCAGGGUGGGCGACGCUGUGCUGGGGCUGGUCUGCAUGGUGCUGCUGCUGGUGCUGAAGCUGAUGCGGGACCAUGUGCUUCCCCUCCACCCGGAGAUGCCCCCUGGCGUGCGGCUCAGCCAUGGGCUGGUUUGGGUUGCGACGACAGCUCGCAACGCCCUGGUGGUCUUCUUCGCGGCUCUGGUCGCGUACUCCUUCGAGGUGACUGGAUACCAGCCUUUUAUGUUAACUGAGGAGACAGCGGAAGGGCUCCCUCCAGUCUGGACCCCUCCCUUCUCAAUGACCACCUGCGUUUACCAUUUGUUCUCUUUAGCGUCUGAGAAUAAUUACCGCAUCGACGCGAACCAGGAGCUGCUAGCCAUCGGCCUCACCAACGUGCUGGGCUCCCUUGUCUCAUCCUACCCCGUCACAGGCAGCUUUGGACGGACAGCAGUGAAUGCCCAGUCCGGGGUGUGCACCCCAGCAGGGGGGCUGGUGACAGGAGCACUGGUGCUGUUGUCAUUGGCCUACCUGACCUCCCAGUUUCACUACAUCCCAAAGGCUGCGCUGGCUGCAGUCAUCAUUAUGGCGGUGGCCCCGCUGUUUGACACCAAGAUCUUCAGGACGCUCUGGCGUGUUAAGAGGCUGGACUUGCUGCCCCUGUGUGUGACAUUCCUCCUGUGCUUCUGGGAGGUGCAGUAUGGCAUCCUGGCCGGGGCGCUGGUGUCCUUGUUCCUGCUUCUGCACGAUGUAGCCAGGCCUGGGACCCAGGUGUCCGAGGGGCCAGUUAUUGUCCUGCAGCUGGCCAGCGGCCUGCACUUCCCUGCAGUUGAGUCUCUGCGGGAGGCCAUCCUGAGCCGGGCCCUGGAAGUGUCCCCCCCGCGCUGCGUGGUCCUGGAGUGCACCCACGUCUGCAGCAUCGACUACACUGUGGUGCUGGGGCUCAGCGAUCUCCUGCAGGAUUUCCACAAGCAGGGUGCCAGCCUGGUCUUUGUCGGCCUACAGGUUCCUGUUCUUCGUGUCCUGCUGUCUGCUGACCUGCAGGGGUUCCAGUACUUCUCCACUGUGGAGGAAGCAGAGAAAUACCUGAGGCAGGAGCCGGGGACCCAGCCCUACCACAUCAGCGAAGACUCUCUUCCGGAACACAAGGUCGCCCUGCUGAAGGCUUAAUGAGGCCACCCUUGGGCAUCCAGAGUUUGGAGGAAGUCCUGGAAGGUUCUCACACUGUGAUUUGCUGCUGGAUGCCAGAUGCUGCCUGACAGACACGCUGGCCUGCUACGAACACCUGAGCAGGUGACCCUGGGGGAGGGGAAGGAGGCCUGCGUAGAGAGGCACAGGUGGGCCUCAUUGAAGCCCCUCCUGCUGUUCCCUGGCAUGAACCCUUUGGGAAGAGUGGUUUGGAGAGAGACAGACCACAUGAGAAAGGAAGGAGCAGGGGUUUCCAGCCUGGGCCAGGAGUGGGAUCCUCUGGCCUGCAGCACCUGCUGGGGUCUUGAGUUCCACCUUGGAGCCAGGGGGCGGGGUUGGGGAGGUGCCGACAUCUGGGAGACUAGUCUGCUCUCAAUGGCAGGAUUUGUGCUGUUUUUGGAGAGAAAACCAAGAUGUGCCAAAUGAAAUCUGUUUAAAAAUCAUUUUGUGAUUUUUAAAUGAAGAAGUUAAUAGCUUUGGUGAUUUUGUAAAAUUCAUAAAUGAACCAUAAAACCUAGGAAACCAUUCCCCGCCAGUCCACUCUGGUGACCUCUCCAGUGCCCCAGGGUGUGUAUCUGUCUGUCAGUGUGUGGUUGUGUUUACAGCUUCACGGAAACGGGAUCAUUUCAUACAUGGUGCUCUGUACCCACAUUUUUCAUGUAGUAAUUUUCUGUGAAGUAUUUAUUGUGAUAAUAAAUAGUGUCUGGA